AUGUUGAUUGGAACUGAACAUCAAAAGGAGUCUACAAAAUUCAAUGUAGAAAAAAGCAGGGAGCCAGUCAGCAAAGACCUAAACCAUUAUAUAAAACAAAGCAGGCUGCACAAACCAACAGAUGUCGUUGAAGACUGUCAUUUUGAAACUAGUCCCUUACUUGAACCUCACGAUAGAGAAUCAAACGAGCAGCUUACCGGAAACCUGAAUUCUACACCUCCUCUUUCGCAGGACCUCAAAUAA